UGUCAUUCCGACAGUGCAUCGUCCAAGCCUCGUGUCAUGCAUUUUUUUUUCGUGUGAUCUCUUUGUUUCUCUGCAUUGAUGAUGCAAGCCUUCUUUAUGUGCAGGACAAGUUUGUGAUGCGAAACCGAAAUUGUGUGCAACUACAAACGAGUGUGUACUUGCAAACACUUUUUUCCUCGGAUAGGGGAGCCACUACCAGGUUCCUCGCCGACUUGGGCUUCUGCGACGGGAAGGAGUAUUCCAGAAGGCGACAGUUGGAAUGCUCGUGCACCCAAAGGACCGUCUCCGUCGCCCACUGUAAAAAGCACCCCGGAAGAAGAAGAAGCACCAACACAAGGGCGGCCACAAGCUGCAGGCGGGAAUCAGAAGAAACAAGAGAAACAACAGAACGCACAAAAAACGAAUCUGCGAGGCGGAAGAUUUGACAACAACAUCAGCAUCCUCGAGCUUCUUUCCGCUGACGGAGCACGACCGGUUUUGAUGCUGUUGGAAAUGCUGCUGGUUUUGUUGUGCCUACCGAAAAUUUGUCUACUCUGUAAAAAGUUGUAAAACCAAACUAAAGCUGCAACGAAAAUGAAAUGUAU